GACUCUCUAGGUAACAUCAUGUACUUCUGAGACUUCCUGUGAGGGAAGAGGGAGGGCUGGCCCCUGAUGAGAACAUGUUGGUGACUUCUCCCUGUGUCAGCUAGAGCAGGAGGAUCCAACUAGGGCUGCAAGCAAAGAAUGGAAAUUUCCCAUUGCAGCAUCAAGGGCUGCUGUUCUGCUGACUGUCUCGCUCAGUUGGGGUCAUCUGCUUCCCCAAGACAUCAAGGAAUGCCAAGGACUGUGACAUCAGCUGAAGCCCCGAGGGCCCUUGCCUGCCCCUGCGAGUGGUGGGAGGUGUGAGACCUCCGAGGCCUGCUAUGGCGCCCAAGCAGUCCCCGAAGCCCGAGUUCCAGGAGGGCGAGCGUGUGCUGUGUUUCCACGGGCCACUUCUCUACGAGGCCAAAUGCUUGAAGCUGGCCACCGAGGACAAGCAGGUGCGCUACCUGAUUCACUACAGUGGCUGGAACAAAAACUGGGACGAGUGGGUUCCGGAAAACCGAGUCCUCAAGUACUCUGAGGCCAACCUGCAGAAACAGCGCGACCUUCAGAGAGCCAACCAGGAGCAGCGGGCUCGUGGGGCUCCCCAGGGCCGCAAGGGCAGCGCCGCGGUCGCCGCGGCCUCUCUGCAGCAGCAGCAGCAGAACGUGGAGACGCUCUUCCAGAACAUUCGCAUCACGCCCUCCACCUCCUCAUCCAUGGCCACGGCCAUGGCCAAAGUGGAGGCCCCGGGCCGCCAAACCAGAAAGUGCAAGCAGAAAAGUGGCCCGAGAGAAGGGGGCAGCGGCGGCGCCGGCGCCAGCACCAGCGCCAGUACCAGCACCAGCAUGGCCAGGGGGACUGGCCAGCCGCUUCAGAGAAGAAGGACCCGAGGCCAUUCCUCUGCCAGGGCCGAAGGGACUUCAGCCGCCAGCUCAGAGGCCAAAGUCCAGAUCCCGGAGAGGCUGAAGCCGCUGCUGGUGGAGGACUGGGACCUGGUCACCAAACAAAAGUUGCUGUUUUCCCUUCCUGCCAGAAAGAACGUGGAUUCAAUCCUGGAGGAUUAUGUCACCUACCAGAAAGCACGGGGAGAGCAGGAUAACACGGUGUAUGCUGCAGAGGACUUGGUGGGGGGAAUCAGAGCCCACUUCAAUGCCCUGUUGGGCACCCAGCUCCUCUACGAGUUCGAAAGACCCCAGUAUGCUGAGAUCCUCGCUAACCACCCUGAUGUCCCCAUGUCUCAGCUCUACGGAGCUCCCCACCUGCUGAGACUAUUUGUCCCCAUUGGAGAAGUGCUGGCCCAUUCUUCUUUUGAUGAGAAGAGUCUGGCUUUGUUGUUCAACUAUCUGCACGAUUUCUUAAAAUACUUAGCAAAGAAUCCUUCUGCUUUUUUUAAUGCCAGUGAGUACAAAGUUGCUCCUCCUGAAUAUCGUCAAAAAGUUGCCUAAGAGUAUACAAACCCUAUUUGUUAUUGUUGGGUUCAUAAAGGUAUUUUGUUAGUUCCUAAAAUUGUGUUUGUAUAUUGCAGGACUGGUAUUUGUUUCUAAAAUGUUCUGUUUGAAACUAAGUGAAGGGGUAGUCCCUUCUCAGUUUUUACCGGUUUAUGUGAUAAUGGAUAAUACGGAGUGACACACAGUGUAGGAUGUUUCACUGUAUUAAUGACAGUUUAUCUGAAUUCUGGUGGUUCUAUCUCUUUAGCCCAAAGUACUUUUAUGAUUUAUGUUAAUACACAAGUGAUAAAACAGUGAAAUCUGGUUUCCAAGGUUUAAUUCAUUGGGUCCCACGGAGGACUGGAUUUUGUGUGGGUUUUUUGGUUUGUUUUGGUGCUCAUUUUCUUUUUUGAUGUUUUAAGUAAAUAUAGCCCCCUCUGUGAAAUGUGAGUGUGCUUUUCAUAGACAUUUUUCUUUGCCAAAAUUGGGAAAGAAUGGUAAUCUUUUUGUGUGAUGGGGUGGGGUUUAUUCUAAUAAAAUAUUCUAACUUUCAGAAAUGCCAUUAUUGUAUAUCUUUGGUUUUCUGACAAAAUUGGUCUUGCAGGAACUAUUUCACAAGGAUUUUUUUUCUCUGAAAUUAAAUAAAAGGGGAUUGGAUUAAACUAUCA